CCUACGCUCCACAAACUUCAGGACAAGAAGAAAAAAAAUCAACAGCACACCCAAAUCCAACCAGUUAAGCUAUCGAAAAAAUGUUUAGGCGCAAGAAGACGGGUAGGAACCCGGUGGAAAUCGAAUUUCCCCAUGAUCUGAAAGAGCUAGGUCUUUUCAUCAACGAGAAGGAUCAACUUCGCCAAAUUGAAAAGCCCAAUGAAGGUUUCGAUUACUUCGCACAUGGGAGACACCAUGGAUAUAUGUAUGCAGCGAAUGGUGGCCAUGGUGUGUCAAGGGAGAGGUUGAACGAGCGCCGUCGCGAGGCCGUUGACGCCUGUCUUCGCAGUAUCGUCAUCACUCGUCUCGAAGGGUUGGGACUGACUAAAUUGCUACUGCCUCUCGGAGCGAGUGCGGAAGAACCUCAUGUUCCUAUCAUGGUGUCACAAAAUCUGCAAACCUGUGACAAGGUGCUCGUGUUUUCCCCAGAUUCAAACUCUGGGGCUCUUGGUAUCUGGUGCAUGCGCAGUAUUGAGGAAGGCGCCUUGAAUGAUGGGUCCAUGAUUGAUGCGGUUAAGCGUGCUCUAGAAUCUGGGUACGGAGUGGUUAUCAUGAACGCUGGGCAACUACUUUGGGACUACACGACCAAGUCUCCGAUGGGAUUCGGCACAUGGAGGGCAACCAAGGAUAAGAAAACCCCAAUCAACGCAUUCAAGAAUACCGCGCCAUCAAACAGGGACCCUGAGGAGCAUGUGAGCUAUGUGUUUAAACACAUAUUGGACAAGGUUGUUCCGAGCCAUGCUGAGAUUGAUAUCAUGGCAUGCGGGAUGGCUGCAUAUUAUAUCGUCAUGUUUCUGAAUAAUAACUGGGACAAUUGGAAAUGCCGUGUCUUCGCUUUGGUAAUGGCAGAAUCUACUCAUUGCCUAUCCAACAUUACCAACAUUGAGCUCCAGCAAUUUCUCAUGCAGAGGGCCCGUAACUACAUUGUUCAUAGCAAGCCUCGCGAGUCCGUAAUCCUUGAUCCACGAUUUGGCUGUGCUACGUUCUCUUCAUCGGCGAAAUGGCCAAGUGCAAUUGUCCCUUCGUGCUUGGACUUGUUCAUGGGCUAUCUUAACAAAGCGCAUGCAGACCCGGAAAACUGCAACCCGGAUGUUCCAGUAAUCGUUGGGGAUGUCCCAGACCACGAUGAAUGGAUGAAUGCAAUGAAAAAUGUAGAUCAGAACACUGCGCUUCAUGUAUUGGAUUCUGACUCGUUUUCCGAGAGCACUCAGGAGGGAACGGCUGCAGAAGCUUAA